AUGGAUGUGAAUUACACCGCUAUCACGGACUAUUACAUGAUCAGGUGUUUCAGUGGAGGAAACUUCUACGUCUGCAAGAAACCCUCGACUAACUUAGAGUUUGUUGGAUGCUGCAACUCGGAUCCAUGUGCCGACGGGUCUGGAAUCUGCCCGCAAACAGACCUACGACCAAUGAGCUACAGCCCAGGGCGAACAGCAUACAAACUCGGUCUUGAAUGCGGCGCUCUUCAUAAUGCAUCUUUUUAUCGAUGCGAUUUGUCAAUGCCGCAUUUCUUGGGAUGCUGUGGUGUUGAUCCUUGCGCGAGAGGCUGUCCCCAGAACCAGUUAAUCCCGGCGCAAUUACCAGCGCUAGAAGGAUGGCGAAAAUUAUUUCUCGAGCCAUAUCGUGUGCAGAAUAAUACAGCUUCGGAUUUGAGGCCUGGGGUAGAAGUGAAUAGCACUUUUGAGGCACCUGACUUUUCCAAUAUUAAUUGGGAUCUCGGUAAGCAUGAAGUUGGACCUGCGACUGUUAUAGGAAUCUGUGCGGGGUUUCUUGCCGCAAGUCUGCUCGUUCUGGGACUUAUACGACACUAUUGGCCUUCUUCAACUUCACCAAAACAUGAACAAACAGAUAUUGCACAUGCCCCGUUUCUGGCCCACGACUCAAGUGACGAUGUCGCGUAUUCGCAGAUGGAAGAGACGAUACCGCAUACCAGAAUACGUGACAACUGGCAUGGCGGCCCAAAAACGUUAGAGCAUUGGGACGCGCCAACGGUGUUUGGUUGGAUCUUCAGCGUUCUUCUCACAUUCACACCCCUCUGCUUCAUUGCCCUCGCUAUCACGGCGAUCCGUCUUGAUAACCAACCUCAUUCCGACUACGGCAAAAAGGUCUUGCAGCUAACGGUACUCAGUCCAUCGUUGUACCCCAUCUUAUUUGCCGCCUUAGUCGGGAGGUUCUACCGGGUAUUCGGCCGAUGGUGCCUUGAAAGCCGCGGCGGUGUAAACCUCCCUGUUCUAGAACAGUUGAUCGGCAGCCAGAACUUGGCUACUGCCAUUGAGCGAAUUUUCGUAAUACGAACAAAUGCCGUUAUUGGCAUUAUAAUCCUCACCUCCUGGCUUCUGUCGCCUCUGGGUGGACAGAGCUCGUCAAGACUUCUACAAGACGCAAAGUUCGACUUGGUAUCGAAUGGAACGGUUUACUACGCUGAUCCAGCAUAUCAAGUGUCCCAAUCGAGAUGGAUCGACUACCGACAUAGCGUUGGCGCAACAUACGCUGCGAGUUUGCUGUCGUCUUCGAAGCAGAAAGCAUCGCCGAGGGAUAUCUGGGGGUUGCCGAAAAUUCCCCAGUUGUCGCACGAUAGACUUGACAAUGGCUCAUACGAUCUCUACGAUGUGAACAAAUCGGACUUUGUCUCAGGUAAGGCCUCUUAUGCUUCGUUGCUGGGUAUAAAGAUUCAAGGCCUCGUCAGGCCCAACGAGCCUACCAAGUUCAACUUUACAAUACCAACCUCAUAUUUCCACGUCGAUUGCGAUUUCGUCGACAGUUUCGACCCGUUACGAGGAAAGUUGACGAAGAAUCAAACGAACAUCGUCGAUUUGUUCUACAAAUUCCCCAGUUUCUCCGCCUUCAACAUCCUGCCGCAGUCGUGGUUCAACGCAGAUGGGGAAGAGGAUGAUAUCAACUCGCCCUAUCAGUUCAUAUACGUCAAACAAAUGCGCGGCUCUCAACUUUACGUCGUAAAGUGUGCCACUCACGAAGUCAAGGUCGAAACAACCAUUCACUGCGGACCUGGAGACCCAGCGACGACCUGCGAAGCACGACAGCAACGGCGGCUUUCUACCGAGAACCAGGCUGGAAGCUCUCUGUACCCGCCAUCGGUCACGCGGAGCGAUUUACGUCUCAAAGAGUUGAGUUACGCUCUGUAUGCUUGGGCACAAGCUUCCGGUGACAAGGACGGAGUUCAGCCGUCGCCAUCGGAGAUGUAUCUGAUGAAAGAUGAGAAUCCGUAUGAAUUCACCAGUCAAUUGCCGUGGACGAAAGAAGAUCUCGCCAAGUUUCCAUACGUGUUUUCCAGGCGAAUGACGACUGCUUUCAAUACAUAUUGGGACGCCGGAUUGAAUCCUGGAGGUCACACCAACGUCUCAUACGGCACAAUCCCAUUACACAACAUGAACGGUCUGGAGACGGGUCAGACCUACAAAGACUCCUUCAUGAACACUACCAUGGGUACAAGAAUAACCACGAUUGACGUUUAUAGCGCGCAACGCAUCUGGGUCGGUCUGUUGCUAUUCACAACAAUGGUACUGCAAAUUCUUGCCAUUUGCGGCCUCAUUAUCGAGAUUCUGAUCCAAGGCCCUGAUGUUCUCGGUUUCGCUAGUACCCUAACCAGAGACAAUCCAUUUGUGCCGCUUCCGGCAGGUGGAUCACAUCUCGACGGACCUGAAAGAGCAAGAUGUUUAAAGAAUAUGAGGCUCGAGCUCGUGGAUGUGCGCCCUGAAGAUGAAACUGGCUAUUUAGCCGUGAGGGCAGUGUCAUCGGCCAAAGGGCAGGAUACGAGCGUGAUUGAAGGGAGCGUAAAAUCGAGAAAGUGGGUGCACUUGAAUAGGAGGAGGCUGUACGAAUAA